GAGCAUCCCUGCCCGCUCCGAAAUGUUAAAAUGUAUUGCGGCAGUGGGAACAGUUGUAUGGAUGACUAUGUUUUUAUUUCUUUAUUCACAAUUAUCAAAUAAUCAAUCAGGCGGUGAUUCAAUUCGAGCCUGGAGGCAGACAAAAGAAGCCAUUGACAAGCUUCAAGAGCAAAAUGAGGAUUUGAAGAGCAUUCUGGAAAAAGAAAGACAAGAACGAAAUGAUCAACACAAAAAGAUCAUGGAACAAUCUCAUCAACUCCCACCAAAUCCUGAGAACCCAUCACUUCCAAAACCUGAACCAGUCAAAGAAAUUAUUUCAAAACCAAGCAUACUUGGACCUGUCCAACAAGAAGUUCAAAAGAGAAUGCUCGACGACAGAAUUCGGGAAAUGUUCUAUCUUUUACAUAGUCAAACAAUUGAAAACUCAACAAAGAUACUCCUUGAAACCCAAAUGAUCUCACUAAUGGGACUUUCUGCUCAACUUGAAAAACUCGAGGGUUCCGAAGAAGAACGAUUCAAACAAAGAACAGCAAUAACUCAACGAAUAUUCAAAUCAAUUGAAAAACUUCAAAACCCAAAAGCAUGCUCAGAAGCCAAAACCCUGGUGUGCAAUCUUGAUAAGGAAUGUGGAUUUGGGUGUCAACUUCAUCAUGUUACCUAUUGUGCAAUUACCGCAUUUGCUACUCAACGGAUGAUGGUCUUGAAAAGAGACGGAUCUUCGUGGAAAUACUCAUCUCAUGGAUGGACUUCUGUCUUUAAAAAACUUUCAAAAUGCUCAUUUGAUGAAGCAGUUGGGAACACGGAAGCUAAACCGUUUGCUGAGCCAUCACCAGCAAGAGUGGUUUCCCUCGGAAUUGUGGACUCACUGAUCACAAAACCCACAUUCCUACCCCAAGCAGUACCCGAACAACUUCUCGAAAGUCUAACAUCACUCCACUCACAUCCACCUGCAUUCUUUGUUGGAACGUUCAUUUCCUACCUGAUGCGUUUUAACUCUGCAACUCAAGAGAAGCUCGAUAAAGCUCUCAAGUCAAUUCCACUUGAUAAAGGACCAAUUGUUGGACUGCAGAUCCGAAGAACUGAUAAAGUUGGCACGGAAGCAGCAUUCCAUGCAUUGAAGGAAUAUAUGGAAUGGACUGAAAUUUGGUUUAAAGUUGAGGAAAAGCGACAAGGAAAACCAUUGGAAAGGCGAAUUUUCAUUGCAUCAGAUGAUCCAACUGUAGUACCAGAAGCCAAAAAUGACUAUCCGAAUUAUGAAGUUUAUGGAAGCACUGAAAUUGCAAAGACAGCUCAGUUGAAUAAUCGAUAUACAGAUGCUUCAUUGAUGGGAGUCAUCACUGAUAUUUAUAUACUCAGUAAAGUCAAUUAUUUGGUUUGCACUUUUUCAAGUCAGGUAUGCCGAAUGGGCUACGAGUUACGACAACCAUCAGGAGCUGACGAUGGAUCAAAGUUCCAUUCACUUGACGAUAUAUACUAUUUUGGAGGUCAACAAGCUCAUGAAGUAAUUGUUAUCGAAGAUCAUAUUGCUCAGAACAAUAAAGAAAUCGAUUUGAAAGUUGGUGAUAAAGUUGGAAUUGCUGGAAAUCAUUGGAAUGGAUAUUCUAAAGGAACAAAUCGACAAACGUAUAAGGAAGGAGUAUUCCCAUCAUAUAAAGUGGUGAAUGAUUGGAGAAAAUUUAAAUUCGAAGCUCUUUUAGAUUAGGAUAUAUUUUAUUUUUAUUUUUAUUUUCCGUAUACUUCCCUUUUAGCUCUUUAUUCAUGUUUAUCAAUCUAGUUUUUGUACUUUUUAUCGGGUUUAUAUUGACACCAUCGUUAUUCAUUGCGGUUUUUCAUUGGCAAAUUUCUGUGAUUAUAUUAAGCCACAUCCGUUUAUUGUUGUAUUUUCUGUUGUUGAAUUUGCAAUAUUUUUUUAAAAG